CCGUGUAUUACCGUAUCCUCAGAAUUGCCGUCAGUCGCGUACGGCUCGUCGCGCCGUCAACGUCGUGGUAGGGGGAUAGUGUAUACAUACUCAUGUGUGUGCUUUAUUCGUAGUCUUCAUGAGUGUUCCAAUUAUUGACAUUGUGGUCUUUUUCGCUUUUCAUCUAGGAAAAGUAUAGCAGGAAAAUAAGAAUACAGUGUUCUUAUAUCAUUUGGACAAAAGAGACGAUCAUGGAUUCAUGGAUGUACGAUGUGGUUUGUAUGAUGCCCGGUGGCGGCACCGAAAAUAUGAUUGGAAAUAAUAGGACUAUGGCGAACAUUAAACAAGAAAUUGAAAAUCCUACAACACCUACGCAAAAUUAUCAAGUUUGUUCACCGACCACUACACUUCAGCAUCAAGAGGUGAUUUGUAGUAAAAUAGAAGUUCCGCCUGAUUAUGGUGGAGGCGAAGGUAGCCCUGGAAGUCCAGAAAUGCACCAUUGUUCGUCAACUACACAGCCUUUAGGAACACCUGAGGAAGGUGUCAAAGAGGAAGAUAUGAUACCUAGAAGGCUUUGCCUAGUCUGCGGCGACGUUGCAAGUGGGUUUCAUUAUGGAGUUGCAUCUUGCGAAGCGUGUAAAGCUUUUUUCAAAAGAACCAUACAAGCGAGUAAUUUUACAGGUAAUAUUGAGUAUACAUGUCCCGCAAAUGGGGAAUGUGAAAUAAAUAAACGCAGGAGAAAAGCUUGUCAGGCAUGUAGGUUUCAAAAAUGUCUUAGACAAGGCAUGUUAAAAGAGGGAGUCCGAUUGGAUCGUGUUCGAGGGGGGAGACAAAAAUAUAGAAGAUCCACCGAUCCCUAUACGCCAGUGAAACCAGCUCCCUUGGAAGGUGAUUUCUUUAAUAAUCCUUCGAACAUAGCAACAGGAGCUUCUAACGAAAUAAUAAAUAAUAAAAUGCUGGAAGCUUUGGCUGCCUGUGAACCCGACAUGCUGCAAGUAUCAAAUAUCUCUCAUACUCUUGAUACAGAUCAAAGAGUACUUGGACAAUUAUCUGAUUUAUAUGAUCGGGAAUUAGUCGGAAUAAUUGGUUGGGCAAAACAGAUUCCAGGAUUCAGCAGUUUAGCUUUAAACGAUCAAAUGCGGCUUCUGCAAAGUACGUGGGCUGAGAUAUUGACGUUUAGUCUCGCGUGGAGAAGCAUGCCAAAUAAUGGUAGAUUAAGGUUUGCACAAGAUUUUACUCUAGACGAACGACUUGCCCGCGAAUGUCAUUGUACAGAGUUAUACACGCAUUGUAUCCAAAUAGUAGAAAGGCUUCAAAGAUUGGGAUUAACCAGAGAAGAAUAUUAUGUGUUGAAGGCGUUGAUAUUAGCAAACAGUGACGCAAGAUCAGACGAGCCACAGGCAUUAUACCGCUUUCGAGAUUCUAUCUUAAAUUCAUUAUCAGACUGUAUGGCCGCAGUAAGACCAGGACAAGCGCUUCGUGCCACUCAAAAUAUGUUCCUAGUGUUACCCAGUCUCAGGCAGGUUGAUGGAAUUGUUAGACGAUUUUGGUCUAGUGUGUAUCGAACGGGAAAAGUACCAAUGAAUAAGCUCUUUGUAGAAAUGUUAGAAGCUGCUUAUUAUCGAUGAAAUAUCAACUCGAACUCGAUUUAUUAAUAUCUAUAUUGAGGACUUCAUAGAAUCGCUGUUAUUAAGUAACACUCGCACAUUAAGAAUGACUUAAAGGCACGCAUUUUGUUGUGUUCCUAAGAUAUAAGCAGAAGACAGUGAGUGAUAGUGAAAUACGAAAAGAAACGGAGACUGUACAGUUUUAUUCAUUUUUCUGUAAGAGAAAGACUUAUAUAUAAAAAAAAAAAGAAAAGGCUUUAUUUUUCAAACACAAGAGUGUUGGAGCGUGGAGCGUUGGCCAGUGAUUCCAGCAGUCGUUGAAACUCACGAAACACCUUAAGAUAGCAGGCACAUUGUUUCGUCGAAAUAACCAAACUUUCCUUUUCGAGUACCCCAUUUACAGGUACAAAGAAAAAUACGAUGUUAUUUCAAGAUAGGAUACGUAGUACAAGAUGCGAGAUGCUUUUUCUGGAGCUCUCAUUUUAGGAUAGUUUACAAAAACCUGUCGCCAGACAGAAGAACCUACCAAAUAAAUAAAAUGUUUUCAUUUACGUAAGAUCGUAACACCGAACCGGUGAGAUCAUAGAAAUCAAAUGCAAAUGUACUAACUGUGGGUGUUUGACGUUAUAGGGUUAGAGCAUCGUGUUACCAAAUACUACCAGUUCAAUCAAAAUUAUACGUAGCUCCGAUUCGAAUGUUAUUUUAGUUAUGUCUUUUCUCUAAAAAAAAAAAAAAAAUCCAGUCAAUUUGAAACUAGAGGAACGCAGACUCUAUAUUUUUAAGAGUGUUGAUGAAAAAGAUAAUAUCAUUUUACAUAGAAUAACUGCACAUUUUAAUACUAUUAAAUGUAAAGUGUAAAGAUCGAUAAAUGUAAAUCGAUGUGUGUACUGCAUUGAACAUCCAUAGUUAUAUAGUUCAGCAAAUGAAUUUAAUAUGUGCUAUUGUACAAAUCGAACCAAUUACGUGAACAGAGCUGUGAACAGUGAACAAGGAAAAGCAAAAGAAUGGCUGGAUCGUUCUCUAAUUAGCGCCAUGCUGUUUUCUACGAGAUAUUGUGUGAAAAAAAAAAAAAAAAAAAAAAAAAAAUGUUUCGAGAACGAACCUUUGGCCAGGUUGCCAGGUUCUUAGGAAGAGCAGAAAAAAAUUUAAUCGAUUGUUGAAAUGAUUGCGAAAUGUUAUUCGCGCGUGCCACACGAAGAGCGUAGGAGAAUAUAUAUUAUAUUAUUAUAUUAUAUUAUAUUAUAUGUAUUCAGGGAUCUUUAUUAUCUAGUUAUUAUUGUUACGAGAUCUGUGCAUAGAUCUUGCGCAUAAUAUCGCUUUUUUCGAAGCGAAGAAUCGUAAAAUAUCGUAUAGGAGCUACUACUCACAUAAAAGGUUCAUUUUUAAAGGAGGGAAAACCGUUUAUAACAAAUUAAUGGAGUUUUUUUUUUUGUCGAUUACACGCAACAAAAGGCAAGGUUUCUAUCGAUUUUUGAAUCAGCUUUUUGUUAUUUCGAUGAUUACUCGAUAUUAACGAUAUCAAUGAAAGAAAGAAAUUGUUUUAUUCAAAGUUAUAAAUAAAUAGAUUUAGAUUUCGUUAAGCGUUAAGGCGGAUCGAGUCGCUCGAAACCUUGC